AUUUCAGAUAAAAAUUCAUGACGGAGUUAAACGAUAAUUUAAAAACUAAAUUUUUAUUUUGCUGACAGACAUUGUCAAAACAACAGCAAAAAUUAAAAAAAAUAAAAACAAAUUGAAUAAUCAAAAUUAAGUAAAGAUAAAACGAUUUAAGAAAAUUUGAAAAAAAAAAAUAAACAAGAGAAGGAUUCAUUUCUAAAAUUAAGUUUUUUGUAAUAAUUUUUUAUUAAUUACAAAAAUCUAACAAAAUGCUGAUUACGACUAGUGAUACAAAUAUGGCCAAUAAUGAUGGUGGAACACAAUGGACAAGAAAAGAUGAACAAGCUGUUCAAGUUAGGCAUGCUUUUAAAUCUUAUGGUACCAAAAAGAAUGCAAAUCAUGUUUUAAAUAAUUUAAAUAUGACUGUAGCCAAGGGAACAAUAUAUGGUUUACUUGGUGCAUCCGGUUGCGGUAAAACAACACUUUUAUCAUGUAUAGUUGGUAGACGUCGUUUAGAUUCGGGUGAAAUUUCUGUAUUAGGUGGUAGACCGGGUACAAAAGGUUCUGGUGUACCUGGUAAACGUGUCGGUUAUAUGCCACAAGAAAUUGCAUUAUAUGGUGAAUUUUCAAUAAAAGAAACAAUGAUGUAUUUUGGCUGGAUAUUUGGAAUGUUAUCAAAGGAAAUAAAUGAAAGAUUACAAUUUUUAUUAAAUUUUUUAGAUUUACCUUCAGAAAAACGUUUAGUUAAAAAUUUAAGUGGUGGCCAACAAAGACGUGUUUCAUUUGCUGUAGCUUUAAUGCAUGAUCCCGAAUUAUUAAUUCUUGAUGAACCAACAGUAGGUGUAGAUCCAUUAUUACGUCAAAGUAUUUGGAAUCAUUUGGUACAUAUAACAAAAGCUGGACAAAAAACUGUUAUUAUAACAACACAUUAUAUUGAAGAAGCUAGACAAGCUCAUACAAUUGGUUUAAUGCGUUCUGGCCAUUUACUUGCCGAAGAAUCACCAAGUGUUUUAUUAUCAAUAUACAAAUGCACUAGUUUAGAAGAAGUAUUUUUAAAAUUAUCACGUGCACAAAACCAAAAAACAGAUGCAACUGAAGUUAAUUUUAGUAAUAAUAUUUCAUCACAUACAUUAUCAUUUGGUAGUAAAACUGAUAAACCGGGUACAAGUGAAGAUGGUAUAGUUGGUUUAAAUUUUCAUCAGAGUAAAGAAGUUUUAAUAAAUGAUGCAAAUGGAUCAGUUUAUACGCUUAAUCAAGAUCCAAUGGCACUACCACCACCAGUACCAAAACAAAAGCCAACAAAAAGUUCAUUUACAGAUUGUCCAAAAUGCCCAGAUUUAGAUAAUAUAACCACAAGUGGUAAAUUAAAAGCACUUUUAAUUAAAAAUUUCCUAAGAAUGUGGCGUAAUGUUGGUGUUAUGUUAUUUAUAUUUGCUUUACCUGUUAUGCAAGUAAUACUUUUCUGUAUGGCAAUUGGACGUGAUCCAAGUGGACUGAACAUGGCAAUAGUUAAUGGUGAAUUAAAUGGUUCAAUAUCAGAAUGUAAAUGGACACCAGGAUGUCAUUUUCAAGAUUUAGCAUGUCGAUAUUUAAGUCAUUUAAAUACAAGUGUUAUAAAAAAUUUCUAUGUUGAUUUAAAUGAUGCAAAAAAUGCUGUACGAACUGGUAAAGCAUGGGGUGCCAUUUAUAUAUCGGAAAAUUUUACUGAUGCUUUUACUGCAAGAAUGGUUUUAGGACGUGAUGCUGAUGAAGAAACUAUUGAAGAAUCUGAAUUAAAAGUAUGGUUAGAUAUGUCAAAUCAACAAAUUGGUAUAUUAUUAAAUCGUGAUUUACAAUAUGCUUAUCGUGAUUUUGCUAUGGGUCUACUAGAAGAUUGUGAUUAUAAUCCAAAAUUGGGUGAUGUACCAAUACAAUUUAAAGAUCCAAUUUAUGGUACAAUGAAUCCAUCAUUUACUGAUUUUGUUGCGCCCGGUGUUAUUUUGACAAUUGUAUUCUUUUUGGCUGUCGCAUUAACUUCAUCAGCUUUAAUUAUUGAAAGAACUGAGGGUAUGUUGGAUAGAUCAUGGGUAGCUGGUGUAACACCCGGUGAAAUAUUAUUUUCACAUGUUGUUACACAAUUCGUUGUAAUGUGUGGUCAAACUGCAUUAGUAUUAAUAUUCAUGUUAGUUGUAUUCGAAGUUACAAACAAUGGUGAACUAUUUUGGGUUAUUCUUUUAACAUUAUUACAAGGAAUGUGCGGUAUGUGCUUCGGUUUUGUAAUAUCAGCUCUCUGUGAAUUAGAAAGAAAUGCUAUACAACUUGCAUUAGGCUCAUUUUAUCCAACAUUAUUAUUAUCUGGUGUCAUAUGGCCAAUUGAAGGAAUGCCACUUGUACUGAGAUAUGUUUCUCUGUGUCUGCCAUUAACAUUGGCGACAACAUCACUGCGUGCUAUUUUAACGAGGGGUUGGCAAAUCUAUGAAGCCGAUGUAUAUUAUGGAUUUUUAGCGACAUUAGGAUGGAUUGUUUUAUUCUUAGUGAUUACGAUGAUAAUUUUAAGAUCAAAACGUGGAUAGGAAUAACUUUAUUUUUAAUUUUUUUUUUUAAAAAAUUAUUAUUUUUUUUUUUUUGUAAUUAUUUUCAAUUCAAUUUUUUUUUUUUUUAUUUUUGUACCAUUUGUACAUUCAAAAAAAGAAGAAAAUGAAAAUUUAAGAAAAAUUAAAAAAAUUAAAUUUUUUUUUUCGUGCAAAAAAGAAAACGAUUAGUUAAAUUUAAGCUUAAAUUUUUGUAGAUAUAAAAUAAAUUAUUUACUGCUAGAAAUAUAUACUAAAUAAAUAUAUAUAUAUGUAUAUGUAUGUACAUAUAUAUUUACAUAUAUGUGUAAAUUUAUAUAAUAAUUGUAUAUAAGAACGUUUGAUGGGUGUAUUGCAGAAAACAAAUUAUAUAAUUAAAUUAAUAUAAAAAAAAAAACAAAAAUGUAGAAAAAAAAUUAAAACAAAUAAAUUCUGUAUAGAGAUUAAAAAAGUCAAAAUAUUUAAAUUUUUAUUAGUGGUUAAAAUGUUUUUAACUAUAUACAUAAAUAAAUACAUUAUAUAUAUAAUAAAAAGAAUUUAUUUAUAAGUACAAAAAAAGGAAUAAAACACAAAACAUAAAAAAAGGAA